AUAAUUUUGCUACACGAUUCUAAAGUAUCCAAUUUAUAUUAUUAUAGUACAAAAUUUAAAAUAUGUCCCUACCUCCGGCUAGUGGAACCGGCAGAUAUUUUGCUAAAGCAGCGAAGUCUAUUCGCCUAAUACGCCAAGGUUGCACAAAUCGACCAUUCUUUCACAUUUCUGUAACCCAUAGGAGACGUUUAAACAGUCAGCCAGUAAUAGAGCAGCUAGGUUCAUACGAUCCAAUGCCGAACAUCAAUAAUGAAAAGCUAGUUGCUUUGAAUUUGGAACGACUUAAGUAUUGGCUUGGGAAGGGUGCUCACGUAUCGACCCCAGUUUCAGAACUUCUUGGACUCUCAGGAUUUUUCCCCAUACAUCCUCGAACCUACAUGACUGCCUGGAGAAAUAGACAACAAGAAAGGGAGAACCUAGCCAAACAAGAAGCAGAAAAUGCCAAAGAACAAACUGCUGCAACAUAAAUUUAUAUAGAAACAUUAAAUUAGUAUAUAGGAAAAAUAAAUUAAUUCAUAACUAAA